AUGAGUCUCUAUCAACUUGCUCCCAAACCACCUAGCACUUGGCCGUCGCAUGCUUUAAGGCCCCUAUCCAUUUUCCCUCGUUUGCCAAAGUUAUCGGACGCGUCCGAACACCGAACCGAACAUGAGCCGAACUGUUGUGUUCACCAAAUUCCUGGCAGUAGCAGCAGCUGGAGCCCGUUUGCAGCAAAUGGCAUGCCCCGAUACUCUCUAAUUCGUCAUCCCUACUGUGCCGCUAUUAGUCAACAAGCUGGUCUGACCACGACCAUGGAACUUGAUGUUGAUUUUGCUGAAGACGCGGACCUCAGGAAGAGCAUUGGGGUCCACGUAAAGAUAAUCAGUUCUUUGAUCAAGCCUUUCUUUCCGCAACCUGGCCUCAAGCACUAUUCGCAUUCUACCACUCUUUCUGACCCUGAUACAGUGAAGUUCCUCAACGCGGUCAAUGUCGUCGCCAACAAGGUUCUUGCCAACUCUCCUCUUUCUCGUCUACCUCAUCUUACAUUCUCAUUUGGACGCGGUCUGCAAAGUGAUGCUAUGCAGAAGUGGGUGAAGGGUGAUACACUGGUGAAAAAUCUGUGA